ACACGGAUGGGGGCGAUACGCUACAAAUGCACGUCGUUGAUCGUGAUCCGAAUUCUGAGCCAAACAAUGCCAUCAUGCUGCCAGCCACCGACAACACACCUUUCAACUAUUUGCUGCCUAGUGCACUUUAGAACUAAUCUCGACUUGGUCUCUGUUUCAGGCCGUGGAAGGCCAUCGGGAUGCUAUGAGUGCUAGAAGUGACCACUCUCUGCAUAUAUAAACCCGGACGCGGCGUGCUCUUUUCUAGUCAUGGGUGUCAAGAUUGAUUCUUCACCAGCGCUCGAUAUUGACUGAGCACAACCCAACAUGGGCAAACUACUUCGUACUUCUCUCUUGCUGGCACUCAGCACCGGUUUGGCCUCGGCUAGAACUGCGUGUAUCUCGGCUGUCUCUUGGGGUGACCCUCGUGUUGACAUCUUCGGCUGGGCCGACGACAAAUCUAUCUGGCACAAGUUCUACACUGGAUAUGACUGGCAGCCCGAGAAGUUCGAGCGCAUCCCCUCCGAAUCGACUAGCUGCCCAGCAGUUUCUUCCUGGGCCUAUGGCCGUCUUGACCUUGUCUGGGUCAGCCAUGCCGAUGAAACCGUGAUUCAUAAGUGGUUUGGCGGUGGCAGCUGGGGCCCAUCGUGGAAAGAAGCUAACAAUCUUGGUGGCUAUGGCGACAUCGACUUGAUCGAGACUAUCUCUUGGGGCGAGAACCGACUUGACAUCGUCGGCAAUGCCUUCAAUGGCUCCUUCCUGCACAAGGCUUGGACCGGUGACAGUUACUACCCCUCUGGUGAAGAAUGGGAAAAUCUAGGAGGCAACUUCUCUGGUCUACCUAGCAUUGGAUCGUGGGGUGAGAACCGUCUCGAUGUCGUUGGAAUCUCAGCUGUGACCGGUUCACUAUUCCACAAGUACUGGGACGGUAGUGGAUGGAGCCAAUGGGAAGACUUGGAGGGUGGUCCUUUCAUCGGAACGCCCGCCGUCUCUUCGUGGAGCUCGAAUAGGCUCGAUCUAUGGGCUCUUGAUGAGAAUGCCGAGUUGAACCACAAGUUCUGGGAUGGAUUCCAGUGGAACGGCUGGGAGAAGCUUGGCGGCAAGUUCACACAGACCCCACGAGUUGCUCACUUCGCCCCUGGGAGAAUCGACAUUGUUGGCAGGAACGUUGACGACAACAAGUACUACCUGAAGAGCUUCGAUGGUCAUAAAUGGAACCCUAAUGUAAAGGACUGGUACGACCUCGGCGGCCCCUACAGUUCAGAACCUGAGAUAGUUACGAAGGCCCAGGGACAGAACUUCUUCUACGUGUUUGGAGUUGAUCCUGAGGAUAGUCUGCGAAUGAAGCUUUGGAGCGGUUGGGACUGGCAGCCUAGUGCCGAUGGGUCAUGGCCACUUGGAAAUGUGUCUGACCCAUACCCGGAAGAGAAGAACUCCUUCGAAUCUGAUGCUCAGCAUGUGUUACUUGGCACUGAGCUCUAGUUUUGCCUGGGGGUGGAUUCACGUAGUACAUCCAACGGACCUUAUCGCAACAUCGGCAGCAGCAGAAGGUAGGACUGUACCACACGUACACUGGUAGCUAUCAAGCAAGUAAGAAAUCACUGCAUGUGGUUAGCACGACUU